AUGAGUACCAAUACUUCCUUCGCUGGACUAGAAGUCGGAAAUCAUAGCUCUCGGCUGCGUCGAGCACAUACUAAAUCACGGCGAGGUUGUCGGAAUUGUAAGCUGCGACGGGUCAAACCUAGACCUCUGAGGUCAUCACUGGCCUUUGGAUUAGUCUAUUUCAAGGUUGAAGCAGAGUAUAACAAUUCACAGUGCGACGAAGCACACCCAUGCUGUCAGAAGUGUCAAUCAUAUGGCGUGACUUGCAAUUAUGAUUCGUCCCAUGCUGAACAGCUGCAGCUAGAACAACGAAAAACAAGCAAGACACCCCUCGAAAGCUCUUUUGGCCAUGUAAUCUUUGACUCGAUACCUCUCAGUCCAUGCUUGAUAGUUGGAAAUGGUUAUGGUUCAUUUCGACUGGAUAAGGAUGGUCUUGCUUGUUUAGAUAGAUUCCAACACCGUACUGUUGACAGUUUUGGAACUACUUCUUCUCGUGAAUUGUACCGGACUGAUGUAGUCAGACUCGCCGUUCAGCAUCCGUUCUUGAUGCAUAUCAUUCUUGCAAUCACAUCAAUGCAUGAUAGUUAUUUGUCCACGUCUUUGAGAAGGGAAAAGGUAAUUCCCGAGGCAUACCACAGUGCGCAUGCUGCUGCACUAUUAUCUAAAAAGCUGUCCGCUCCAAUCAUGCCCGAGGACCGAGAUGCUCUCUGGGCCUCUGCUGCUAUGCUAGGUCUUGCCAGCGUCACUUCUCUUGAUGCCUCGACUCCCUCAGAGGCAUGGCCACUUAAACCUUUUGACGCGGGCGAUCUUGACUGGAUGAAUAUGAGUAAAGGUAAGAUGGCUAUCUGGAAAGCCACGAAUCCCCUUCGAUCAGACAGCAUCUUUCAUCCAAUGGCAACCGAUUUUCGUGCAAUGACACAGCCGCCAAAGUACUGCUCAAUAGACGAGAUUCCCCAAGAGUUUGUCAAGUUGUGCGGAUUAGAUAUAUCAGUCGAUCUAUCCCAGAACAAUUAUUAUACUGCACUCUCAACUCUGGUUCGAUUUUGGGAUUUUGAAUACAAGCAGGAUCUGUUGCCAGCAUAUCUUGCUUUUCUCAGUUUCAUGGAGCCGACCUUUCGAACCUUGCUACUUCUGAAAGACCCACGGGCACUUUUAAUUUACCUUUAUUGGCUUUCUCCUCUCUGCAAUUCUGUGUGGUGGGCCAUGAGGCGGGCACGGUUAGAAUGCCAAGCAACAUGCUUGUAUUUGGAGACAUACCAUGGCGGUGAUGAGGAUAUUCAGAGAAUGUUGCAGCAACCUAAGGUACAAUGUGGGCUAAUGGUGAUCACUGAUAUGAGUACGCGUCAGACUUAG